AUGGGUCGAAUUCCAUGCUGCGAGAAGGACAAUGUGAAGAGGGGUCAAUGGACUCCAGAAGAAGAUCAAAAGCUUUCGUCCUACAUCGCUCAACAUGGGACUCGUAACUGGCGUCUCAUUCCUAAGCAUGCUGGUCUUCAGAGGUGUGGGAAAAGCUGUAGACUUCGAUGGACGAACUACCUCCGUCCAGACCUUAAACAUGGCCAAUUCACAGAGGCAGAAGAACAGACUAUUGUAACUCUUCAUUCAGUUCUUGGAAACCGAUGGUCUGUAAUUGCUGCUCAGCUGCCAGGACGCACAGACAAUGAUGUUAAAAAUCACUGGAACACCAAGCUGAAGAAAAAGCUAUCAGGGAUGGGAAUUGAUCCAGUUACCCACAAGCCCUUCUCCCACCUUAUAAAUGAAAUAGCCACCACACUUUCACCUCCACAAGUUCCGCAUUUGGCUGAAGCCGCUCUUGGGUGUUUCAAGGAUGAAAUGCUCCACCUCCUCACCAAGAGACGUAUCGACCUCCAGCUGCAGCAAUAUUCCCCGGCAGCUCCUGUGAACACCACUUGCGUUAAACAUGAGGAUAAAUAUGAGACAAUUGAGAAGACCAAGGCUAUAAAAGGGCCUGACAUGCUACCUAUAAACAAGCCGUGGGACUACACUGGGCCAAUGUCUACAAAUUUUUCAGGAACGUUCAGUUCUUUACAAGCAUCAGAUUCUGGAUUUCAUUAUGGCAUCACGUCGCUUGGUAAUGAAGGGAAUGGAUCUCCAUGGAGCCAAAGUAUGUGUACAGAAAGCACAUGCACAGCAGGAGACCAGCAAAUCUGCCACAAGAAACUUGAGGGUGAAAAUAGUGAAGACUCUGGGAGUAGAAAAGAAACACAAGGUGGAUCCAUCAUUUUCAAUUCAGAAUGUGUUUUGUGGGAUAUACCAUCAGAUGAUUUGAUCAAUCCCGUGGACUAG